UGUGUUUGUUCCCCUUUGAAAAGGGACUUGACUCCAUCUCCAUCUCCAUCUCCAUUUCCAUCUUGCAUCGAAAUCGCUAUAAUUGCCACUCCCGUCCCGACCCGUGACGCUCUGCCUCAUUGUCUCUCUCCGCCUCUCACUAAACCGCCGUUUGUUGGAUUUCCGAGCGGCGGAGAGUUGCUUGCUCUCUCUCUCUCUCCCGCGCCCGCAUUUGGAAGCUGAUUGUGGAUUCUUUGCUGUCUUGUGGUUAGAUGGAUGUUUCUGGUUCGGCAUUCGAGCGGUUGUUCUUGAGGGUUUCGUGCUUGCAGAGAUCUGUCGGGUGCAUUUCGAGUUUUUGAGCUGUGUUUCUUCUCCUUCAGCUCAGAGCUUGAAAUAUUGGUGUGGCUGGACUCUCGAUCCGCGGAUUUGAGGUAUUGUGGAGACGUUCUUUGUGGCUCCGGGGGAAGCUACACUUUCGAGGUUGGGCAUUGCUAGGGCGUGAUUUAGGGUUACACUCUGUGAUUUGUGGUUUUCUUUUACUGUAACUCGGCAUGAAUCGAAGCCUUAGGGCUUCGGAGAGGGGGCAAAUGGGGAGUGUGAGGAUGAAGGAUGGUAAGGACGAGGAUUUGGCCUUGUUUCGGGAAAUGCGGAAGCGCGAGAAGGAACGGAACGAUCUUCUUCUUCUUCAAAAUUCCGACGAGUUUGAUGCACCACUCGGACCCAAAACUGGUAGUUCUCCAAUAUUUAAUAUAACCUCAGGCAUCCCGGCACCUGUUCGGAAAUCCGGUGCUGAUGAUUUUCUUAAUUCCGACUAUGAUAAAAAUGACUAUGAUUGGCUUUUGACUCCUCCUGGCACUCCUCUUUUUCCUUCACUGGAAAAGGAAUCGCAAAGAACUGUUAUGAGCCAAAUGGAAACUCCAACAGCUCGCCCUACGACUCUGAAAUCCAGACUUGCCAAUCCACAGCUGGAGCCUGUUGCAAGAAGCAAUUUAUCAAGACAACCAACACCAUCACAGGGGUUGAAUACCUCAAGCGAAAGACUUCGCCGGCCUUCUUCUUCUGGAGGACCUGGGUCAAGACCUGCAACACCUACCGGACGCCCAACUGUGGGUUCAACAUCCAGAUCGCCCGUAACUUCAUCUUUAAAUAAGCCUGCAGCAGCUGCUAAACCUAUGGCAAACUCGAUAUCUAAGGUCACAUCAACUGUGGUUGCAAAACCUUCUAGAUCCAGCACACCUACUUCUCGCCCCACAGUGUCUUCAACAAAGCCAUCAGCUCCUCCAAGAUCUUCUACGCCUACAACACGGUCCACUGCAAGAUCUUCAACACCAACAAGCAGAUCCUCUGUACCUGCUCCUAAGCCAACAUCUAGGGCCUCGACUCCAACUAGGAGGCCGGCAUCAGUGUCCAGCGGGGCAAGUGUCUCUUCUGCUUCAGUCAAGUCUCUAACUUCCUCAUCGCUCGUCAAACCAGUUGCUUCUGCAGUGAAAACUGCUGUGCCUGCCAGGUCUAAUUCACCAACUGUAAAGCGCACACCGUGGAAGCCAUCUGAGAUGCCUGGUUUCUCCCUUGAUGCUCCGCCAAAUUUAAGGACCACACUCCCCGACAGGCCACCUUCAGCUACUCGAGGUAGACCUGGCGCUCCAAGUUCUCGAUCAUCAUCUAUUGAACCUGUUUCAAACGGAAGAGUCAGACGACAGUCAUGUUCUCCUGCAAGAGGGCGACCUCCUAAUGGCAUUAUUCAUAACAGUGGAAGCUCUGUGCCGGUGCCUGCUGCAAAUCGGUUGUAUGCUAAAGCCAAUGACAACGUGAGUCCUGUUCUUGUUGGUACUAAAAUGGUUGAAAGGGUGAUAAAUAUGCGUAAACUCGCCCCACCCAAGCAAGAUGACAGGCACUCACCUCACAGCAACUUCUCCGGAAAGUCUUCUUCCCCUGACAGCUCGGGUUUUGGAAGGUCACUGUCUAAGAAAUCUCUAGACAUGGCGAUAAGGCAUAUGGAUAUUAGGCGUACAGGGAACCUACGACCUCUGAUGACAAACAUACCUGCAUCGUCCAUUUAUAGUGUCAGAUCAUCCGGAGGGAACCGAAGAACAGCCAGCAUCUCAGAUUCUCCACUGGCCACAAGCAGUAACUGCAGCUCCGAUUUGAGCAUCAACAACAAUGCCCUAUGCGUAGAUGGACUGGAAGCAGAGGAUGAUGUUUGCAGCAACAAGGGUAUCCGAUCUCCUGCCAACAUACGAGGCAGGUGAUGGUUGGUUUGUUGGUGUAGUACGUAUGUACGCAUCGGAAAUGACAAUGGAGAUACCGGGAACCCGAGUCUGAAUCCAAGGUUUCUUCUACAGGUAUAAAAUGCUGACUGUCCCAUCUUUAAUUAUAAUCAUCAUCAUCUGAUAUGUUAGUUGAUCCAGUGAUGGGUGUGGUGUUUGUUGUUAAGUAUGAAACUAGAAUGAGUGUGGUGGCAUUCAAAUAUCAAUAACACUAAUAUUAAUUGAUCAUUCUUAAGUGUUAUUCACCACUUCAUUUGUUGCAUACAUCUAUCCAUCCUCCAUGGAUUUUUAAGUGAUUUCUUACAUGAA